CGCUGACAUAAGUUUAUGAAAGAUUUUUGCAGAAAAAGUAUUAAAUAUCGCAUCGUAUUGUGGCUAAUGACUUUCAUUUGAAUUGAAUUAUGUUGUGAAAUGUAACUAUGUGUAAUUAAAAGGAAGAUUGACAGUCAUGUCAGAAGAUCAUGGCUCUGAUUAUACCGAAAGUGAAAAAAUUGAUAAAGACGUACAAAAAGGUGCGAGUAACGAUACCGAGGAGGUUGCGGCGUGUGAUGGCGUGGACGAAGAAAGACCAUCAAGUGCCAUUACAAGUGAUGAUAGUGCUAUAAAUAACAAAGAGAUUGUCAGUAGUAAUAUCGAUGAAAAAGAAUCGGAAUAUAGUGCCAAUGAUAGCAAACAUGCCAAACUUAAUUGGACUUUAAACAGAAGAGAGUUCACUGUGAAAUGGAGUUUGCCACGGGAGUUUACAACUGCGAAGGAUUACAUCGCAUUAUGUCUCGCAGAAUCGGUGGACACUUCUGGCGUCGUCGAGCGCGUGCCGGCGACCGGAUGCGCCAGCGGCGACAUAAUGUGGCUUCUUGAUGAGCCUAAUCAACCUUACGAAGAUUGUGAGCAGUUGCUCUGCUUUCGGUAUUAUAAUGGCGAGGGCGAGGAAUGCGUUGCAGAAUCUCCAACAUUGCCAGCAAGGUUCAAGGUUGAUCUCAAGAAGUUGCCUUCAAGACUUAAAGAAGGCAUAUCUCGAAAAAGGAGUGGCGACCAGGUCUCUCCCUUUUCCUACAACAACGAGAGUUUUGAAAUGAACUCGGAAAAUCCUCUUAGAGUCGAGUUUGUUCCAGGCGCCAAUCAUGACAUUAAGCAUCUCAGCGAUAAUGUUAAUAAAUGCUCAAUUAGUGUUUUAGAAAGUAACGGGAACAAUUUUAAUCUCGAACAAACAAAAUGUGAUGCUAGUGAAUCUCUAGUUAGUAAUUUUAGUAAAGAAUCUCAUUCUGUAAAUAGUGAAUCUCAAAAUGUUAUGGAAUGCAAGCCUACGUCUUCUGGAGUUAAAAAGAAAUGUCCGCCUCCUGUUGACACCGGUGGAGGCCAAGCCUUCAAUGGUGUUAAGAAGAAGACCAAAGGAAAUGGCGGCUUCGAAUCUCCUACUUCUCCGGGUACUGAGUAUUAUAAAAUAUGGUCACCAAAGAAUCCAUGCAAAAUUAUGAAAUUUGUUUACGAUGUUGAAGGUGCUAGCAUGCCCAGUGAGGCAGAAAAAUCGCCAGUGCCUCCGUUACCCCCAAGACAAUCACACAAACCGCUUGAAAGAAUGCAUGCAUUUUCUCCGCCUCAGGUACCUAGACAUCGAAAACCAAAAAAACUCACAAAACCAGAAGACACUUUUACCUUUGAAUUAAUAGACAUAGAUGAGCAAUUUUUUACCGAUAAUAAUAUUACAAACUCGGCCGUUUUACAAGGUGAAAUUAAUGAUUUCAAACCAGGAGAAUUCUAUUGUGGUAAUCAAGUAGCGAUGUCUGCAACUACUAGUUUUUGGAGAGGAGGUCCAAAUGUUGCACCAUUAGCAACACCCGAAACUGAUGGCAGCUUAUGUGAAUCUACAGUUUCCUCCAUGAAGUUAUGUAGGUUAAUCGAGGGAAAGAAAUCUAAAGAUGUACCUGACGGUUCGCCGAGUGUUAGUAAUAAAAAUAAUGUGAUGUUUAUAAAAGAUAUAGGACCUGAUAAUUACAUUACUACGACGUUCGCAAGGAAAGAAAAAGCAAGCCCGCCCUUGGAUGUCGCUACAAAUAUAACUCCAAACCAUGCUAAGUCAGAAGAAAAAGCUCAAAACUCAUUCUUGAACGACAUUAGUAAUCAUUCAGAAUUUGAGGAUGACAACAGGAAUCAAAUUGAGGAGAAAGAAAUCACGGUAAAAGGUCACAAACCCUUGACGCGGCAAAGUUCUGUACGUGCCAACACACCAACGAUGAUGACUGCUUUUCUGAAUUCUUCACACAUUGAUGUGCCGAAUAGAGAAACCGAUAACAAUAGUUCUAACGCACCUAGUUCAUGCAACUCUUCUCAUUCAUCUUCACCGGUAGAAGAAUCAAGUAAAAUAUUACCGACCAUGGGUACCAUGCUGAUGAAUAGGAAGGACUCGUGUGAUAGUUCAACGCCGAAACAUUCCAGCUUACCUAGGCAUUUGUUGAAGAAUUUGGGUUGUCAGAGUACGCCUAAGCAUUCUCCACAUAAAACGUUAGCUAAAAAUAACCCAGAGAGUCCAAUGAGACCUCAUCCUAGAGUACUGACGAGGGUAGCUGCAUUAGCUGGAGCCGGUGUGAAUGUACCGCAGUGUCCGCCGACACCCACGCACCAUGCGCGGAGACCUCGUCCCAUACCUCCCGCAGACCUCCACCCUCCACCGAUACAAAAUUCCGAAAGCAGAUUACACGACAACUUUGAGAUGGUCGAAUUUACAAACGAGUUGCGGACGUCGGAGAUAAGAUCACCGAAUCUGGAAUUCGUCAAUAGCAACCACUUUACAAUAGUGCAUGCGGGUCCUCCUGACGAUGUGAUCUUUAGGAGGCCUAGGCCGGUCGAAGAUAGUGACGAUAAUGACAAUGCUGUCGCGUCACCUACUCCCCUGAGACAUAUGGCCGGAAUACGACUCCCGUCGAUACCUGAAAGAGCGUCGAGACAGAUGGCUCUGACUGGCGACUUCCCUGCGAAUAUGAUCGGUGGUAUAAUCGAAUGUGAAGAACCUUUACCUGCAGGAUGGGAAGCGCGAAUGGACAGCCACGGACGAGUGUUUUACAUUGACCACAUAAAUAGAACGACCACGUGGCAGAGGCCUGGAGCUAAUGGCACGGCCCCAAGAUCCCCUGCUCCCGAAGUCCAGAGGAGACAACUAGACCGAAGAUACCAGUCGAUUCGUCGCACGAUGACGCGCACGCAACUGGAGGAGGCGCCGCCCGCACCAUCGCCCGCACCCGCGCCCGCCACCAGCGCCGGCCCCUCCGCCCCGCACGCGCCGCACCCCGCCGCUGCCUUCCUGGCGCGCCCCGACUUCUAUAACGUGCUGCACAUGAACCAGGAAGCGUCAGCGCUGUACAACUGCAACUCCACGCUGAAGCACAUGAUAUCUAAAAUCCGUCGGGACACGGCGUCGUUCGAGCGGUACCAACACAACCGCGACCUCGUGGCGCUCGUCAAUAUGUUCAGCGACGCCGCCAGGGACCUGCCGCUCGGGUGGGACACCAAGCUGGACAGGAAUGGGAAGGCUCCUACUCCUCCACCCAGGCCACCCGUGACGGUUUCGGAUGUACAGACGCUCAACACCCAGCAAGAAAUACCCGUAGCAUAUAAUGAUAAGGUAGUGGCUUUCCUAAGGCAGCCGAACAUAAUGUCAAUACUGCGGGAACGUUGCGGAGGCUGCGGGAGUGCAUUACGGGACAAGGUGAGCGCCGUGCGAGUGGAGGGGGCGCCCGCACUCGCCCGCUACCAGAACGACCUGCAGCUGACCUGCAUGCUCAGGUAA